AUGAUAAGCUUAUCAAAGCAAGGAGCUCUACGUGUUCAAUCAUCCAAAAUUUUCAGGUAUGUCAGAGUGAAUUCUCAAUCAGAGCAUCCUUAUAUGCUGAUCAUGACUCACAAUAUAGCUGAAGUUACAUCUGGAGGGAAGCUCUUAAAAGUAUUACUCCCAGGUAAAGACGUAAAAGUCCUCAUAGUCGGCAUUUCAGACGAUAAAUCAUUAGUAGCUGGAGUUCUCUCAAAUGGAAGCGUUGUGCUUUGGUCGAAGCAUAAAAGGCUUUUUCAAAGUUUUUUGGUGCCUCCACAAUUAAAACUUGCUUUUGAUAAAUAUAAGAAAGACUACUGCGGAAUUGGGGUUAGUAGCAAAGGAAUCCUUAUAAUUGAUCCAGAUGAGCAGGUUUGGCUAUGAAAGCCUGAUCCAGACUUUAGCGAUCCAAACAAUUUAAGUCCUCAUUUAAAGGGCACCUGGGUAAAUUUGACGUCCUCAACUCUUAAUAAAAUCAGAAACAGAAAAAUCAAUUCUUCUCGAGUAAGUCCAGCUGAUUCCCCUACAUCAAGCUCUCCUAGAAAGCAAGCAGCGAAGUCAAGAUACAACUCUUUUGCUUAUUCAAUCAGAUUUACUCAUGACCAUAUCAGAGGACAAGCUGCAAACGUAUUAAGAGUAUGGCUUAGAUCAGCCAAUAAAGAAUCCUGCACAAUAGAGUCUUUAUAUUUUUUAGCCAAAAUCAACGAUCUCGAACAAACAACCCCAAAAGGGUCAUCAACUUUUAAACUAGAAAAAUACGUAUGCAAAGGACAACUGGAGUUUUGAAGCAAAAAAGGUAGCAAAGACAUGGGUCUGAUAGUGAGACUCGACAACAAAGGAUCUUUAGCUGCGAUUGCAGUCAACUCGUCGCAUCCUUUUUUCUGCCAAUUAGUAUUUAUGAACCCAGCUACCGGUAUAGCGUCGACCAGAAAACUAUGCAAUUAUGUAACUGUAGACGAUAUGCCAAGCACCUCUCAGGAUGGACAUACGUCAUUUUGGAUUGAUGAUAUGUCAUGAUCUCCAGAUGAUACUUAUUUGGCAGUCAUAUACAGAGUAGGGUAUUUUUCAAUCUUUUCAAGACUUGGAGAGCCAAUUUGUACAUCUGUCGAAAUGAUAAGAACGGUUCCUGAAGCUAGGAUAUUUUCUUUGCUUAUAUUUACAACUGAUCCAGAACUGCUAAAAGAUGGAGCUGUACUUAUGAGUGUUGAUUGGGGAGCAACAGAAAUUCUGGUAAGUGAUGGCUAUACCAUUACAAAUCUCAAAAUUGUGCAUUGUCCAAGUAUAAAAGAUCAUAUAGCUCAAUAUUUACCUCAAGAAAUAGAGCUGCAUGAUGUUACGAUAAACAUUUCUCAUGACACAAAUCCUUUGCCAAGUGAUAUGGACUCGGGCCCAAGGCGAAAAAACUUAGAUCAAGCAGUCUUACUAUUGAGAUCUGUCAUAAGUAAUCCUACCGUUUACACAAAAUUCUUAUUUGACCAAAUUGCAAGUUAUAUUGAAACAGUAAUUCCUCCUCAACUGCAUGAAGAAAUUAACUACACUACAAUCCAGAACAUUGGAGAAAUGUCCGAUAGCAAACUGUCCAGCAAUUUAAUUUUAAAGAAAAAAAUCCAUGCAGUUGAGGUUUAUUCCCAUCUGCAUCAGCUAAUUGAUUUACUUGGAUAUUCAAUAUGCUCAUCAAGCGAUUUUUUUGACUGGAUCAUAUAUGUGGGUUCUAAAGUGUUCAUUUACAUGCUUUCUGAUCAUCAAGCUCCUUAUGCGUUCAAUGUUUUGGCUACACUUGAAGAUUGGUUAGGUUUUAAGCUGCAAAGGCUUAGAAAUGUAUUAAUUGUAUAUUCCCUAAUUCAAUACAGAAACCACCAAGCCAACCAUCUCAACAUUGUAUAUUUUGUUAUUACUUAUGUAGCUCUCAGAGAAAAACAAAGAGUGAUUCAAAAACCGACUGAAUCUGGAUUUUUAAGAAUGUUCCUCAAAGAAAACAUGGACCUCGCCCAAGCAUCUGAUGAAAAAAACCAAGAAAAAAGCAUUUUCCCAUCAUUUUAUAUAAAUCCUGCAUCCAGAAGGAGCAUUGACUGCAACUUGCACUAUCUUUUAGGAAUGCCUCAAUCUUUCGAAGAAAUUGGACAAGAGGUAUGUUUUCAGCUGACAAAAGGAAACAUCCAGCACGUUGAAGGAUAUCACAAUUUAGAGUUUAUCCCUUUAUUAGCCUUUUAUUUGGACCCAAAAGAGCCUUUAUUUUUAUCACCAGUAGAAUACCAAUCAGUGCCUUUUCAAUCAGCUAAAAACAUUUCAGAGCUUUUGUCAGGAAUUAAAAGCCUUGCUACAGUGCCGCUGCAAAAAGAUGAAAAAACGACAAAGGAUUCUGCAUUUUUAUAUUGGUGUCUAGGAAGUUUUAAUAAGCUUCAAGAACUUUUGCCUUCUGAUAUGGCAUUUUAUGCUAUAAAUAGUCUUUUGGAUAAUUUGAAAACUGAAGAAGUACUUGAUGCUAUUGAAGUUAUGAAGGCUUUGUUUGUAAAAUGCGAUUUUUUGGCUGUCAUUGAUUCAAUAUCGCCAUCUAUACAACCAUUGUUUAGGACAUUAGGGAUUUAUUCAAUCAGAGAAGAAAUUGCGUCUAUUCUAUUAAACCAAAAAGAAGAGUGAAUAGGAGUAGAUGAAGAUUGGCUGAUUUCUAAGAUAUGCAAUUAUUUUAUUCCAUGCAUUAAGACUGAUAAGCUUCUUUCCCAACUGAUUUAUUAUUAAUUAAAUUGAAUUUCUCAUUAGCGAUAUAUUAUCCAUAUAAAUAAUUGGCUAACUAUAGUCCAACAGUAUAUCUUUCUGGAUCUGUGAAAAUAAAUAAAAAAGUCCAUAACAGUUCUUGGCUAUCUCCUCUUAUUGCAGAACUUGAUGGAGUCUCUCAAGUCACCAUAGAAACAAAAAACCUUUUGCAUGAUGUUUAUAAAUGUUUUUGGUACAUUAAAUUGCGAGGCCAUCUUAUGACUGGAAAGCAUCCUUCCAGUGCAAUUAGAUUGAUUUCAUUUAUAGAUAUUGAAGACAAAAAUAAAAUCUAUAAUUUUAUUAUUGAAUCUUUGUGGGAAGCUGAUAAUUCUAUAGUAGAAUUAAUAGCUCUUUAUUUCAGGGAGUCUGAAAUACCAAUUCACUUGUUAGGGCCAUUUGAGGACUGGAAAAAUUUCAUAAGAGAAAAGGAUCAGACCUUUUAUCAGCAGGUUUGUCAAGCCUUGAAGCAGCCUCCUUAUAAUAGUCCUUGGCUAUUUGAUGAAGAUUUUUUGAAUUUUUCUGAAGAAAUCUCAAAAUUAACUAUUGCUCAGCAGAAAACUAAAGAUUCAGUAGCAAAAUCGUGGGAUCUUUCUGUAAAAUCUCUAAAAAAGCAAUAUAGAAUUGAGUCAAGAAUUAUGUUUUCGAACGGAUCAUUUAGCUAUAUAAAAAGCGUUGAUCCAUGGGAUCCUUUAGCUGUAAUAAGUGCAUUUACACUUGACUUGCCUAGUCUAGCUCUAAAUCCCAAUAAGCACCAUUCUCAUCAAUCUGAUUUGCCAUCGCCUCUAAUCACUAUGAAAAAAAGACUAAAACUAAGUGUCAACGACCCUGAAGAUUUUUAUGAUGAAUAUCCCCUAACUUUACAUAAAAUUAUUGCAUGUAAAAGAUUUGCUUCUAUUUUCCGAGCAAAUCUUAAGCCAAUGUUCGGCAAGCUUUUAAGAAAAAAGAAAAGGUAUAAGAUGCCUCCAUUGCCAAAACCUGCUCAACAAAAAAAUACUUCUAAUGGUGCAGUGGCUUUUCAAUUUAUUUGCUUCAAAUCACCCCUUGGAGCUGAAACUGAAAGAAGAGUUUUGAAUACUCCAAGAAAUCUUCCUUUAAGUUUUGCUCAUUUAUUAGAAACUUCAGGGAAAAACCCUCGGCAUAGACGUGCGCAGUCAGUAGUUGAGAUAAGUGAGCCCCAAUCACAAAAACCUUUCCAGCUGAUACGUGUCCAGAAUUCAAACUUAAGAUUAUAA